AUAGCCUCCAAGUUGCCCUCAGACAAAACACACUCAGUCAGGAGGUGUUACACUUUCUCCUCACGUCCACGACGCAGAGACACUUGAAACCAGAGCAGCACUUCUUCACUGUUAUCAGAUUUCUCUCUCUCUCCAGUGCUGCGGGUGGAUUUCUGGGGUGCAUAAGGAGAAGUUUUGACUGUAAGAAAGGAAUUAAGUUCAUUCAACUUUUUUUGGACGACAUGGCACUUCGACAGAACUCUGAGAAGGAGCCAAGCAUCGAGUUGUUUAUUAAGGCUGGACAUGAUGGGGAGAACGUGGGGAACUGCCCUUUCUGUCAGAGGCUCUUCAUGGUUUUGUGGCUGAAAGGAGUGAAGUUUACAGUGACCACUGUUGACAUGAGGAAGAAGCCGGCUGAGCUCAAAGACUUGGCCCCCGGGACCAACCCUCCUUUCCUCCUCUACAACGGCACCCUCAAAACAGACUUCAUCAAAAUCGAGGAGUUCCUUGAACAAACAGUGGCCCCUCCCAGGUAUCCUCAUCUCAGCCCGCUAAACAAAGAGUCCUUUGACGUGGGCGCUGACGUUUUUGCAAAGUUCUCUGCUUUCAUCAAGAACAGUCCCAAUAACACCUUCCAUGAGAAAAACCUGCUGCGGGAGUUCAAGCGCCUCGACAACUACCUGAACUCGCCACUCCCCGAGGAGAUCGACCACAACUCCACAGAAACCAUCGGCGUCUCCAAGAGGAAGUUUCUGGAUGGCGACCGCCUCACCUUGGCUGACUGCAACCUGCUGCCCAAACUGCACGUUAUCAGGAUUGCUGCCAAGAAGUACUGCGACUUUGACAUCCCCCCAGAGUUCACAGGUGUGUGGCGAUACCUUCGAAACGCCAACGAGAGAGAGGAGUUCAAACAGACGUGUCCAGCCGACAUUGAAAUUGAAAAGGCUUACUUAAGUGUGGCCAACAAGAGGAAAUAAAACCUUUGAUUCUCUGUAGCAAUAUCCUGUUUCCACAUGAUGGUGAUCUAGAAGGCGCUACAACCUACAAGAAUAAACUGUGGCCAUAAAUCAGACACUAUUCCACCUUAAAGCGUCUUUGAGGUUUUAGAAAAGCGCGAUACAAAUCUAAUGUAUUAUUAAAAACCUUCACCUUGUUGACUUUGGGACACGCUGACGCAAAAUGUUUUGUUGGUUGUAUCCAUAGUCACUCGCAGACAGAUCUUUAUGACACGUUGAAAAGGUCAAAUGUGCAAUUGAAUCUUUUGUUUAUAGUGUAAAUAGAUAUUUUUUCACCCUUUUUAUGAUCAAAACACCCUCUUUAACAAAUAUAUAUGAUUGUGUUAGUGUGAGCAGAAGUUAAUUUUAUGCAAAUCAUGAAAUAGUUUUUUGUAUCUGAUAUGAUUCUCACUGUCACACUAAUAAAAGAAAUCUAAUUUAUUUGUCAUAA